UCGGAUUUUCGUCCGUACUGUCAAAACCCCUGUUCGGAACAGGCGACAAUGUCCGCCGAAGAAGAGAGCGCUGUGAAGGAGCCGUUGGAUCUAAUUCGGCUUAGUCUCGACGAGAGAAUCUAUGUCAAGCUUCGCUCGGACCGUGAACUCCGUGGUAAACUUCACGCAUACGAUCAGCAUUUGAAUAUGAUUCUGGGUGAUGUUGAGGAAGUUGUAACCACUGUGGAGAUUGAUGAUGAGACAUACGAAGAGAUUGUCCGGACUACAAAGAGGACGGUCCCUUUUCUGUUUGUUAGAGGAGAUGGAGUGAUAUUGGUGUCUCCGCCUCUCAGGACAGCCUGAACUGCAAUCCCAACACAGAGUGAAGUGAAUGGAGCCCUUUGAUCUUUUGUAAUUGCCCCUCUCUCUCUCUCUCUCUCUCUCUCUCUCUCUCUCUCUCUCUCUCUCUCUCUCUCUCUCUCUCUCUCUGGGGGUUCAAGCCCCUUUGUGGAUGUGGCUAUGGAUUUAGAACUCUUUUUGUUUCUAUGUUUUGUCUGAAGAGGAAACGUAUUUUUGCCUCGAACAUGAAUGUGUUUGCACGGAGUUUUUGGGUUUUUUUUAUGUCUUUAAUAAACUCUUGGGGGCCCAUAUCGUACUACGUACGAAAUUCUCGGUUUA